AUGCACGUGAACGAGGAUGCCGAAAUAUUGGCGCGACUUGGAAUCCUCCACUCAACGGAAGAGAGCCCGAAACGAGAACAAAAGCCUGCGAAUGCCAAAUUCGUCGAAGUCGAUAUUCACGGCGUCGAACAUGAAGAGGAUUCGGACAUGGAGAUUUUUGACAGGAAUACCUUGCUGAGCCACCCAGCUGGCCGAGAGCGAAUAUCCACCCACCAGCGCCGAUAUGCUGAUACACCAGUGUGUCGUUUCCUGCUGUUGGUGUCAUCAUUUUUCGCAGCGGGACUUGCGCUUCAUUCGACGCCCAACAUCUUCCAAUUGUCGAUGAGCAAUGCCGGUCACGCAUUGCCUAUUAUUCAGAUGUUUGGAUUGGUCGUCGGAGCGCUAUUGGCAAGAACAUACGUACCCCGGUUCAAUUCGAUGUGGCUACUUUUUGUAUGCAUUAGUGUAUUGGCGGCGCUGUCAAUUAUCUUGCUGUCGCCGCAGGAUGCGACAUCGCUGCGAGUAAUCGUGUUGGUGCAGGGCAUCUGCGUGGCUACUAUCAAAUACGCCGGUCUCAGCACAUGGUUCAUGUGGUGGCGGGCCAGCCACCGCAAGUUUUUCUGGAUCCUCUUCGCAUUUUGCCUCGGCGCUGCCAUCCCAUCUCUGCUCCGAAGUCCGAUGAUUCAGGAUAUGUCUGACUCGGCCACAACCGAUUCCCAAGCCAUCGUCUCUGCGCAUCAGAUGCAUCGACGGGAAUUGUUGGGAUUCGACAAGGGGAAACUGCCGGAUUUUGCAACUCCUGCACCAGGACCGCCUGUUGCUUCUAACAUGACGGAUGGUACGCCAAAACCAGGACGGCCCGAUGGAGCAACAGGAGCUGAGCAUGUUGAUACGAAGGCGGCCGAGAACGAGAAGAAGCGUGAAGAAGUACAAGUGAAACAGACGCCCAACACCACCACAUCAUCAACAACCGUGACAACAACAACUACCACAGCGUCAACGACCACGGCUCGCGCCACUGUUCGAUCCGAUGGGCAGACGUCUACUGCCCCUUCUUCCAUCAAGAAGGCCAGCCAAAUGGUGAACCAGGAGAUUAACGAAAUCGGAUCCAAGAUCGGGCGAAUCGACGACGCAAUCGGAAACAAGUUGGGCGAUAUGAAAUCUGCGAUGUACCGCGUCGCCGAUUUGUCCGUCGAAUGGGCCGUGGUGACUGUGUUGAUGAUGGUCGUGGUGCUGUUCAUCCUGUCAUUUUUCGCGUGCUGCCUGUCCUGGUCGCCGAUUGCGGAUUCGCGAGUGGCAAAGCUAAGCGACCACACUUCGCCGGGCUUGUCUGCUGGCUGCCGACUUCGCAUCACAAUCUCUCACGCGCUGGUGUCGCUCAUCUCUUUCGCGUUGAUGGAGGCGGCGAUGGCCGAGGGCGAGUCGUACAACAUUCUCGUCUCCAUCAUGAUGGCGCUCAUUAUGCUGCUCGCCUCCGUUAUUGGUGGGGCCUGCUGCACCUCGUCUGCUGCUUGGCUCUUUGUCCUUUCUACCCUGAUCGGCUCGACGAUCCUCUCACUCGCAAACUCCUCCUACCUCGGUUUCUUGCUGGCCACAACAUCGGCCCCGAUGAUCAGCUGCUCGCUUGUGAUGCGGAUAGAGAAAGAGGUCGGCGCCCGGCCUUCGCAAAAUAUCGACAUGUAUUUGCUGUGCAAUUUUGGGACCCGGAUGGUGUUUACGGCAGCCUGCUAUUUAUUUGGCCGCUUCUCCACAGGUUCAUUGCUCGGCUUCACCUUCCUCGCGUCGCUGGCCCUGGUGCCGAUGGUGUAUUUGAGCGGAACUUCGUUGAAACGCGCGGCCCGGCUGAAAGAGAUCUACGAAUUCACCAACGAAUACGGGGGCGAGCCCCACGACGUGACACGCGUCGGCAAUUACACAAUGCUCGAGGUGCCGUCGAGCGACACUGACGAGGACGAAUUA